AUGCCUCCACUCUUGUUUUAUUCCGCGUCAGCACCACACCGUACCUCUGCUGUCGCUGCCAUCCUCCUUCUCUUCCUCCUCCUUACCAAUAUCACCUUCGCCGCGAACUUGAGCAAUCCGGCUGACGUGGCCAGCUCGCUGCGUGCUAGACAGACUGCUUGCAAGGCUUUGAAGAACUGUCCACCUUCUCCGCAGAAGAAGGUUCUAGACGAUUUACCAUGGAACGGUGUUCCUCAAGUCCGCCGGCCAAGGAGGAAAAGGAGUGGAGUGGCGAAGGAGCCUGCAAGAGCAGAAAAGAGGGCGAGGAGGGCUGGGUCCUUAUCAGCCCACCUCGUCCCUCUCCCCACUAUUGAGACGAUGAUGACGUAUCCUUCACUUCCACGCCCGCUAUACGACAGCCUCGUUCGCGGUGAUCCGCCUGCCCAAUCAUACAAUACCAUCAUUCAUACACCCAAGCCUCCGCACAUGCGUACCCUCGACCAAAACCUCAUUCGUGCUGCCGAGAUUUCAGCUCUGCGCCGGAAAAACAGAUCUCGAUCACGCUCCAGCACCAAUUCCUCAGUGGCGGGCUCCGUUUCUGGAUACUCUGCAAGCUCCAACUCAGUCUACGGGGACGAAAGCAGCAGCUCAUCUGACGUCUCUGAGCCGACAAGUCCAGCAAGCGUGUCCUCGAGUGCUAAAGCCACUAUUGCUAGUUCUCCUGCCAGGUCUCCAACUGUCCAACUACCCCUGUCAGGCUCACCAACCUUGUCAACAUCAACAGAGGACAGCAUUAUCGAUUCAUAUUCAACUCCUCACUCCCAAGACCCCUCGCCCGCACAGUCCUUUCAUUCAAGCCUAUCAGCCCUAUCCGCCCUUUGUGAUUCGGCGUCCUCACUUAGCGCACCAAGCUCAUCCCGAAGCAGCGCACCAAGUCCUGCAAGCAGUGCAUACCCAUCUCCACCUACUACUCCCAGCCCAGAGAACUCUCGUCGCUCAAGCUCGAGUGGAGAGGAAUUUAUGUAUCCUUCGCCGCCUCCGUCCCCAGGUCCGGCUGCCUACACACAAGGCCGCACAAGGGAAAGAAGAGCAUUUACAUUCCCUGUUGCACCAUCUCCACCACCUCAUCCCUUGUCUCAAGGCCAGGACCAGGACCAAGAUCAGCCUCCGUUUCCAAAAGUAGUCCGCACCACGAGUAUGUCUUCUCAUCCUACGCGCUCGCGCGCUCGGUCUAAAUCGUUUGAUCCAACUCGAAUUCCGUUGUCAAGUGAAGAGGAGUUCGAUAUUGGGGGACAGCAGCUCCGGCUUGGUGGAGGAUCGAUGUAUGACGAUGAUGAGGAUAUGGAGUGGAGUUUCAAUGGGGGGAGCAUUGUUUUUGGGGCCGCUGGGUUGGCGGUUAGUCCUAGGGCUAUGAUGGGGUGUUGUUGUGAUUGUGGGGGUGAAGGGUUGGGAUUGUAUGUUAUUGACGAGGUUGAUGAGGGUAGUGAGGAGGCUGGUGUUGAGAGUUGA